GUCCACUCCAACCAUGGCUAAGAUAUUCUUCUACGAAGACAAAAACUUUGGUGGUCGUUUCCACGAGUGUAAUGAAGAUUGCUCCGAUCUGAACAGUUACUUCAGCCGCUGCAACUCCAUUCGUGUGGAGGGCGGCUGCUGGGUCCUGUACGAGCGCCCCAAUUACACGGGGUACCAGUACGUGCUGUCUAGAGGGGAGUACCCUGAUUACCAGCGCUGGAUGGGAUACAAUGACUGUGUCAAGUCCUGCCGUGUCUUCCCUAAUUACAGUGGCUCCUACAGAAUGAAGAUCUAUGAGCGAGCCAAUUUUGAAGGCCAGUCGAUGGAGUUCAGUGAUGACUGCGAGUCUGUCCAUGAUCGCUUCCACAACCGUGACAUUCACUCCUGCAACGUGAUGGACGGCUACUGGACCAUGUAUGAGUACCCCAGCUACAAGGGAAGACAGUACUUCAUGAGGCCCGGAGAGUACCGGAGAUUCAGCGACUGGGGGGCAAGCUGUGCCACUGUUGGCUCUUUUAGAAGAAUCACAAAUUUUUAAGAUUUUAUUCAAUCCUAGCUCACAAUGCAAAUACAAAUUAAAAUAAAUGUUUAAAAUACCUCA